AUGGCAGUUGCCCACUGUGCAGGAAUCCACAUCCGCAGGCACCCACCUGCCGUGUUUGACCCCUUCAGCUGUUUAGACGUGGCCGCUGCUCAGGGCACUGUCUUGGCCGGUUUGCUGAGGAAGACCACCAGCCUUGUGGGAUUGGCUGCAUGUGAGGGUCCACACGAGAGUCUAAGAGUAUCGUACACAAAGAUUCUUGAUGUUCUUGAGCAAAUUCCUAAAAAUGCAACUUGCAGCAAGCAUAUAGAAUGGAUUACAAAUGAGAAGUGGGUUAUGGUUAAAGCGGAACCAGAUGUUGAGAACUUAGAAGACCCACUUCAGGGGCACCUGGGUGGCGCAGUCGGUUAAGCGUCCGACUUCAGCCAGGUCACGAUCUCGCGGUCCGUGAGUUCGAGCCCCGCGUCAGGCUCUGGGCUGAUGGCUCGGAGCCUGGAGCCUGUUUCCGAUUCUGUGUCUCCCUCUCUCUCUGCCCCUCCCCUGUUCAUGCUCUGUCUCUCUCUGUCCCAAAAAUAAAUAAAAAAAAAAAAAAAAAAAAAAAAGAAG